AUGUCCUGUCUCUCGUCGGACUCCCGAUCGAUCACAUCUCGUCCGAAACUCACCCUCCAAACAUCCUCCCUGCCACGCACCUUUGGCUCCUCUAAUACCGGUCUCUCCCUCUCCUUCGCAACCGCUCCAACUGCAUCCCCCACGGUCCGCAAUACCUUCAAGAAUGCCUAUGAGAUCCCCUCGCCAUCAUCCGCGACCAGCUCGCCCUCCAAGACCCUCCCCAGCCACCGAUUUCCCAGCAGCAAAUCCCUCUCCCCGUAUGUCCAUUUUUCGAGCAACACCACCACCGCUACAAAUAGCCCGUUCAGCUCGCGCAGUCCCUAUCAACUUCCAUUAGGGGUGCGCAGUAUCCUGCGCAACUCGCCGAUCGAGCGCGCCUCGCGAGGGAGUUCGGUGUCCACCAGUUCCACGGGCCCCGGCGGCGCAGGCGCACGCCGGGUCUUUUUCCCCGCCAAGAAACAAGUUAGCUAUCGACAUCCCCUCGAGGAGGUCAUUCGCACCGACCAGUACACCGCUCAGCAUUUGGAUUUGCUCAAAGAAGACGACACUGCGGCCGGGGCAGUGCAGGAGGCACCCGCUCCGGAAGAACCCACCCCAGACUCCACCGAGGACGACGACUCGGACUCGGCCAGCCUGCUGUCCUCCUCAGAGACCAGCAGUGCCUCCAGUGAUGAUGUGAGCCUAGACGGCCAGGGCACUGCCGAGAAGGGCUUAUCCAAGCUCGAGCGCAAAAAGCGGCGAACCCUCGGCGCGGAACGCCAGGUGCGGGCCGUCGCGCUGCUGGAUGGCUUUGCGUCCGCCGACUAUCCCUCAAUACCGCCUACUCCGCGACAUAGCCGGGUCAAACGACGCCGGGAAUGGAAAUGGACCUUGGGCCCUAUUGACGGGAAGUCACAGGUGGAGGACGAUCUCUCGAUCUCGCCCGCGCAAAUCGAACUUCCUCGCUCGCGCUCGCCCGUGCCAGUGGAGCCGCCGCCGGAACUCAAUCCCCCGCACUGUGGCUAA